ACUCCGUCUGGAUACUGUUCAUUCGCCGGCUCAUGUCGACGCGUCACCGCAAAUCCUUUUCCAGCGGCUCGCAGAACAAAUCAAGCAUCUCGGGUCUGUUCCGAAACAAGACUCAGGACGAGCCAGUGCACUUUUCUUCUUCGAUAGCGGAUUAUGAGCUCCUUGGCGACAUUGGGGGAAUCGAUGAUAUCUCGUAUCUCUACCUGGCUCGGUUCAACCCAACGCAGGAGCUGGUCGCUCUCAAAUACACCGAUCUGACGCUGUCGCCCGACUUUGAAUUCGUCGAGGAGCUGAUUAAAACCAUUCGAAAUGCAUCACUCUGCCGACACCCCAACAUCCUGCCUUACUAUCGUUCGUUUGUCGAGAACGAGCGCCUCUGGACCGUAACUCUGCCGAUCAAAGCAGGAUCGUGCCGUGGAAUCAUGAAGAGCUACUAUCCCAGUGGCUUCUCUGAACCUGUUGUCGCCACCAUCUUGCUGGAGGUUCUCCGCGCCAUCCAGUAUCUGCAUGCCAACUACAUGAUCCACAACGAUGUCCGUGCCGACAACAUCCUGCUGGACCUGACGGGCGAGGUCCGCCUCUCGGGGUUUCGCCAGCUUGCCACCCUGAGUCGGAACGGAGAAUACCAGCAAUCGGUCUUUUCGCUCGUCGGCGACAAUAUCGAGUGGGCAGCGCCCGAGGUCAUGGCACAGAAUUCCAACUAUGAUGAGAAAGCUGAUAUCUACAGCCUGGGCAUAACCGCACUCGAGCUGGCAUUCAACCAGACACCAUUCGACGACUGGCCGCCGAUGAAGGUGCUGCUGAGCAAGCUCGAGUAUCCCUGCCCGGGCAUCGCAACCGACAAGAUCAUGUCCAAGGCCUUCUUCCAGAUGGUGGCAGCUUGCCUCCACAAGGAUCCGGCCAAACGCUCUUCGGCCCAGGAGCUGGCCGCACACGCAUUCUUCAAGAACGCCAGGAAUGCGCACUAUUUGGAGACGCACCUGGUCAAGACCUGCGAUCUCGCUGUCAAGCACGGGGUCGCUCUGGGCCAGAAAUGUCUCUCGGCGCCGAACAACAACUUCAAGACCGAGAGCAGCCACAAGGGAUCGCCCUUGCGCGAUGUCGACGACGAGAGCCAGAUGGUACCUCGAGGGCGCGGCAGCUCAUUGGGCGGCGGGAACAGGGUUGUGCCAGUGUGAGCGACACAGGGCAGCACCGGCUGCGGCUGUGGCUGUGGCACGGGGUGGGGGCGCUUGCGACGCGCUUUGGC